AUGUCAAGAUCAUUCAAUGCGCCACGACGCAGUGAGACGGUGCAGCAACAGGAGUACGAGGCUCAAAUCCUAGACCAACACUACCCACUCCAGCAGGUGCACUCCGAUGAGCAGGAAUUGGUUGCAUCCAACGAUGCUGAAUGCACGCAGCACCUACCUGGACAGUUUCCAUCCGGCGAGAUCGAGAAAGGAGGCAUGAAGGCCAAGAUGAAGUCCUUCUGGAACAAGACUGUCGUUCCAGCAUUUCCAGAGGCCGUCGGCGAUAUCUCACUGAUCAAGAAAGCCAUGCGAGUUGAGGCAAACGUCACCCAAGACAUCCAGAAUCCCGAAAAGUACCCAGAAAUUUCCAAGGUUGCACAUGUGCGAACUGGAUUGGAGCUCUGUAUAGAGGAAAGGAACUGGCUGUCAGCUAGGAAGCAGCGAGUCAAGCAAGCAUUCUGCUGCUACAUGUCCCUGAAUGAGACUCAAGUACACAUCGACGAUGUACCCAUUGUUGCCUUCGGCGGUAGCGGUGGAGGCUACCGCGCCUUGAUUGGUAUGCUGGGCUAUGCUGUUCAAAUGAAAGACUCUGGCUUGUGGGACAUGUUGAGCUACGUGGCCGGAGUCAGCGGUAGCUGCUGGACGCUCGCCGCGUACUACACCUGGGGCCAAGCAGACUGGCAGCGUGUUGUCGAACACGUGAAGCAGCGGCUCAGCCCAUACCAUCCGCUUAGUCCCGAGGCAGUUCGAGAAGUGCUUCAAUCGGAGCAUGGCCCUGCGCUGACUUUAGGUCCUCUGGUCCAGAAGCAUCGAAGUGGCCUUGAGACUGUGGCGAUGGAUUUUUACUCUGUCUUCACCACAGGUCAUUUGUUCCUCAAUAGUCACGUGGCAGGGCCGAACGACAGUGCUCAGAAGUCAUGGCUCAAAUGGUCCAGCGCCAUUAUUUAUCUGGAAUCUGGGCAAGAACCGCUGCCGCUCUUGACAGCAAUCCGUCACGAAAGACCGUGGAAAGAUUGGGCAAAUGAGAAGCGCCCUUUCAAGAACACCGACCCUCAUGAUCAAGAGCAUUCCAAGGCCAAUGACGCAUGGUUUCAGUGGUUUGAAUUAUCUCCAUUUGAGGUCGGGUGCGAUGAACUCCAGGCAUGGAGUCCUAUCUGGGCCUUUGGACGGCCUUUUGAGCACGGCAAAUCCACUGUGCAACUCCCAGAACAAUCGCUCUCGCUUCUCCUUGGCUUAUGCACGUCAGCUCCAGCUGGGCCACUAACGUCAUAUCUGGCUACAAUCAAGCGCAGCCUACCUCCUGGGUUCUUGGGCAAGUCGGUGCUUGAUGUUUCCAAAGGCGUAGCGCGAAUGUGGGGGAAGCAAGGCAAAGAGGAGUUCCAGCAGCACCACCCACUGGACCCAUGCAGCGAACAUAAUUUCAUGUUUCAUUUGUCCGAGAAUUCGACUUACAAAGAGAAUGCCAAGCCUAUUGAGAAUACGCCUACGUUGGAACUUAUGGACAGCGGUCUAGACAACAAUUGCCCUACCUACGUGUUCCUACAUCCAGCACGCCGAGUCGAUCUCAUUCUCAACAUGGAUGCCUCAAGUGACGUGCAGAAGGACUCAUUCCCACAACGUGUCGACCAGAUCGGUUCAAGAAAAGGUAUUAAAUUCAUGAAACGUGAUGAGCAGCCUUCUCCAAAUGUCGACUCGAUGGCUUUUAACAAGUUCGCUGGACAGUAUGGUCAAACCUACGACGGCACUCUUCUCAAAGAUAAGCCUGAAACUGUCAUUGACAGUUAUGGCCACGAAGUCUACAACCCCCCGGCACCGAGAGUGCUGCAGGAGUGCAGCAUGGUGUACAUGCCCCUGCUCCCAAAUGAAGAUGCUGUCGCGGGCUUCGAUCCAUCCACUGCCAAAUUCUCGGGGUCUUAUAACCUCGUGUGGACUGCUGAGCAGGUGGAGAUGUUGAUGAAAGUCUCACAGGCGAAUUGCAAGCAGGCCGAAGCUGCCAUAAAGUCAGCGGUCAUGGAAGCAUAUAUGCGGAAUAAAGCUCAACGCGAAGCGUCAUGA